AUGUCAUCUUUAGAGGAAAGUUCUUUAUUACAUUCUCUCGACGAAUUUAUCAAACUAUCUGAUCAUGCAAAAACAAUCACAUCAGAGUUAGAGAAAUUUUUAAAUCAUAUUGCAAAAACGGGUUUUAUCAUUUUUCCAUGGUCAAAAGUAAAAAUUUUAUUUAUAUUCAAACUUAAUCAAGUACUAGAUGAAUUUAAUAGUGAAAACGAUAUGGAUAAAUUACCGUUACAUCCAAAUUUAGAUAAUGCAACAUUUCGGGAAUUAAAACAUGAUAUUAUUGAACGUUUAAAUUCAUUUGUAAAUGCACCGUUUACAAUUCAACGUCUGUGUGAGAUGAUUACAUAUCCAAGAAGACAUUAUCAACGUACAGAUAAAUUUCUUCGUGGAUUAACUAAAUGUGUAAUGGUUGUCACCACUGUUGAUCCAGACGGAAAUAAAAUUCAUACAGAAAAUACAAAUUCAACAUUAACAAAUGGUUUUAAUGAUAACAGCAACGGUGACGAAGAAGAAAAAAAAUUAACAUCAAUGACAUCGCCCAGUUCGUCUUUCUCAAUGUCACCAUCAUCAUCAUGGAAUAAUAACUCAUCAACAAACGAAUUCAAGGACGCGCAAUUUAUUAGACCGACAACGGGAUCAUGGAACUCACGAUUUCCAAUGAAUCAGAACGAUUUAUCACCAUUAAAACGAAAAAGUGUGGAUGAAAAUGAUGAUGAUUCUGUUGAACCAGCAACGAAAAUUCAAAUUUGUUCACGUGAAGAUUGUUAUAGUACAUCACCAUUAGUAACGGAGAUGGCUACUACUACAUUGUGUACAACGGCCGAGCAAGAGUGUGCCGCAACAUCAUAUCCAUUGGAUGUAAAUUUUUUGGUUAAUACCCAACAAGAUCAACAACGAGUUAUAAAUGACGAAGAUUCUCAAUCAUCAUCGUCUACUACUUCAUCAAUUGAUUCUCAAAACAAUAAAAUAACUGAUUAUGAUGAUAAUGGAGCAAAUGAAAAUGUCCAGCAACAGAUCUCUUCUAUGAAUGAUGAAAAUAUUGAAAUCGCAACACCGGUUACGUCCAGUAAAGAAGAAUCUAGUUUAGUCGACGAUAAUGAAACCGAAAAUUAUAAUAGUAAUAGUACUAGCACAUCAAUGAUGAUAGAUACGGACUCUAAUGAAGUUAGCAGUUCAAAAAAUUCAAAGGAAUCGUUUGACAUCGAUGAAGAACAAGAAAACAAUGACGAAGAAUCAAUCGAUACAAAUGAAAUUCCUCACGAUUUGCAACACGAAACAACAAAACAUGAGUCAAUUGAACAAGAACAACAUAUUGUAUCAUCUUCCUGCGCUACAAUAACAGAAUGCGAUAGUUAA